UACUGUGGUAUCGAAAAACAGUACGGUUUGGUCUGCAAAUGUAUUGUAGUAUUAUACGGACGUGUAGAUUUUUUUACUGUAGAUUUUAAUUUAGUGACAAACGUGACGUAAGGAUUGUUUUAAUGAAAAAGCUUAGCUGAUGUUGAAACUGUUGAAAAGAUACAGCUAAAAGUGCAUGCCCAUAUAUAAUAUGAAAGUACGUUUUUGCCCUCCUGAAGGCAUAAUGAAAAACUAUGAAAAAUCUCGUGACUGUUUUAUGUACGUGCGUUAUUACAAUGGUAUCUUACCCCAACCUAUACUACUGCUGCUUAUUAUUUAACAUUGUCAUUUUAUCUACAGAAAGACAUAGGAUAAUAUGUAGUACUUUGUCUGUUUGUAUGUCUGGAUAUUGUAGUCAUGCACCAUUGCUGACAAAAUGGUAGAAAAUCAUAUUGGAGACCAACGGAGGGUCAUCUUUUCGUUCUUACUGUUUGUACUUUCAAUAUAUUUGAAUUUCGCUGGCUUUGGAUCUUUACUAUGUCUACAGACAAGUAUAAACAUAGAGGACGGUGUAGGAGCCGCUUCUAGCACAGCUGCUUACGCAACUUCUACAAUACUCGGUUUGGUGCUAACUCCAUUACUUCUACUCAAGUUUGAAACCAAAUACGUUUUGGUUGGCUGUUCUAUAACUUACUUAUUGUAUGUGCUCGCAAACUAUUUCCCAGAGGCAUACGUACUUAUACCAGUUGGAAUUUUAAUGGGAAUCGGAGAAGCAACGAUGUGGCCUGUUAUGUUUGUAUAUGUUGUUCAUUAUGCGAAGCAAUUUGCAAGUUUUGGUACCAAAGAUACUGCGGCAGUGAUUACCAGGUUUACUGGAUACUUCUUCUUUGCUUACCAGCUCAGCGAAACCACUGGCAAUUUACUGAGUUAUGCAAUUCUAUACGCCGGCAAAACCAUCACCGUAAACGAAGGCAAUUCUACUGUGAACUCCGCCGUUGACUUAUCCGUAUGUGGGGCCAAUGACUGCCAGUACCCGAACGUAACGAACGCCAAUUUGAAUCAGUACGUUCCACAGUCAAAAUCUGUGCUUUACGCUAUGAUAGGAGUUAUGGCGUUUCUGAUAUUGCUUGCACUUGGAAUCAUGUUGUGUCUUGUACCAAAAAUUUCGUUGGAAAAUCACGACAACGAAUUGGAACUGUGCCCUACUGAGAGCAAUUUAAUCUCUAACAAUAGCGAAAAAGACGUUAAUAAACCUAAAGAGAGCAAUUUACAGUUUACAAAAAGGACACUCAAAGCAGCCAUGAAACAACUUUUAGAUCCAAGACAAUUGUUGAUUACUCCGAUCACGCUGUACAGUGGUCUAUACAUGUCUUUUAUGUUCGCAGAAAUGCCAAGAGCGUAUUCAUCUUGUAUGUUAGGCGUUACACAGUCUGGGUUAUGUCUUGCAAUCAGCCACACCUGCAGUGCUAUUACGUCUCAUUUCGGGUGUAAACUAGCCAGCAAAAUCGGACGAACUAUACUUUUGAUCGCUGCAUUUUUCAUCGAUAUAGGAAUAUACGCGUUCCUUCUAUUUUGGGUCCCUGCGUCAUCAACCACGUGGUUAGUGUACGUCAUUUUUGCAGUGGUUGGAAGCAUGGACGGUGUAUGGCAACCACAAAGUAACGAAAUACACACUGCCCAUUUUCCUGAAAACCACAUGGCUUUUGUUAUAUGGAGUUUAUGGACCACACUUGGUAUAGCCAUUCAAUACGGUUGGAGUACGAGUUUGUGCGUAUACGUGAAGAUCUAUAUACAGAUUGGUCUUCUAUGUUUUUCAAUGCUAUGUUAUGGUAUUGCUGAAUUUCGAAUUCGAAAAGUACGACGAAGAACACAUGAAACAAGUUCGCAGAUAACAAUAUAAACCUAGCUACCUAAUUGUGAACUUUUAGAUCUGUU